AUAUCUUUAAUAUUUUAUUGUAGGUGUAUCUAAGGAUUGCGGAUUGUUGUUGGCUGGGAUUUCGUGGCUUAUCUCGGGCCUCGAUUCCCAGCCGUGCGAUUCGCGGGCUGGCCAUGGUGGUUACGUAGGCGCCGCCCGCAACUGAGACAUCCACCACAACCCCUCCUCAUCGAGACAACAAAACAAGAGUACCUUUUCUAUGGGCUCCUGAACAUGCGCGCCGCUGAUGGGCGAUCGAUUCUACAACAUCUACACGUCAAUGCCUCCUCGCGGGUGAUCUGAGCGCAGUGCCCACCAAGGUGACUCGACCGCCCGCGGAGCGGACCGGGCGAGCGACAAGAUGGUUCUCAAGCCCACGCUGAGCCUGACACUUCCCUCGCUGAAGGAUGAGACGGUGCUCGAUUGCCGAGUCUACUUUCCAACGACCUUAUACGACCCCGCCGCGUCCACGGACUCGUCUUCAGGGAGCUGGAGCGGCGAUGACGAAAAACAACGCGAGAGAGAAAGGACGAGAAGCCAGCUGAACGGGGAGGCUCGCGCCUCGGACAGUCACAGGUGGACUGGGAAAAGGAAGAAGGCGGCGAUAAUAGCACAUCCAUAUGCACCGCUAGGUGGGAGCUGCGACGAUUAUAUUGUGCAGCAGACCGCGGGAAUACUGCUGAAGCAAGGUUUCGUGGUGGGGUUGUUCAAUUUCCGUGGUGCGGCUACCUCUAAAGGCAAGACGUCGUGGAAUGGGAAGCCGGAAGUAUGCGAUUACCACUCUAUGGUCGGGUUCAUGGCGGCUUUCAUGCACCACCUCGACUUGGAACCCGUGUCUCCCACCUCAUCUCUCACUGAUGCAGGCACCUACGAACUAAGCACAAUACCCUCACAACUCCCCGCGAACCCCGUAUCCGCGCGUCCCACAACUUCCUCCAGCGCGUCAACAAACCGCGACUCCGCAGCAGUGGACAAUACACCUCUCCUUCUCCUAGCGGGAUACUCCUACGGCUCCCUCAUAACGACCAUGCUCCCACCCCUCCCCGCCCUUCUCACGCCCUUCCAAUCCCCCCUCCCUGGCACCCCAGCCUCCGAAAUAAGACUCCGCGCCCAACACCUGGCAGAAGAACAGAAUACCCUGCACACCGAGCGACUCAAGCGCGCCUCAGAAGCGGCUACACGGCGCCAACACGCAAGGAACGUGUCAGGAGGUCUACGAGUCGGCGGCGACGAAACAUCAGAUGUACAUCACCGGACGAGUCUGGACUCGCACCAUGCCCGGAGGAGCUUGCGACUCGAUAGGCUAGAACACAGCGACUGGGGCAGGAGGAGCGUGGAGCGAGUUCGGAGCUUGCGGAAGAGUCUUGACGGACACCGCUUCUCGCCUCCUCCGUCUCCCUCGCGCCACACGUCGCAGACCGAGAGACGCACGAAUAGUUCGUCGGCUACUAUUGACACCCCCGGCGGCGCAUCCGUGGUAGUGAGUCCGGAAGAGGCGUCUGAAGCUGUGGCUGCGACGGCAGCGGCGACUCCUAUGCCACUUCUCCAGUUUGGCGAGAUGGACGCGGUGUAUCUCCUCAUUUCACCCAUACAGGGCGUGGUGGGCGGUUUGGCAACUAUGUUCACUACCACGUCUGCGAAAUCGCUCUUACCCUCCCUCUCGUUUCGGAAGAAGGAUGCUCAUGCUAGCACUGCGGCUCUUAACGGGGGGGACGGGAAGUUCGUAGAGAAUAAGACGCUGGUGGUGUUUGGGAAUAAAGAUUCCUUUUCGAAUGCUGACAGGAUGAGGAGGUGGACGCAGAAGUUGGAGGGUGCAAGGGGGAGCAGGUUUAGAGCUGUGGAGGUAAAUAAUGGGGGCCAUUUUUGGCAUGAGAUGGAGGAGUUGGAGGUUUUGAAGAGGAGUGUUGAGAGAUGGGCGAGGGAGUUGGGGUGAUUUAAUGGGAGGUAUGACGAAGACACUGCCUGUGUAAUAAAGAGAUGGGCAGGCUAUAGAGAGGGCCAGGCUGGCGUAGUAUACAGCUCUUAAUAUAUCACCGAAAGUUACGAGAUUCUCAC